UUGGACGCCUGACUCUGAUGAAACUAUUUAUUCAGAAUUUAAUCUUCGAAGUGUAUGGUUUGGAGAUUGCCAAGAAUUGCCCCAUUUACUGCCAAAAGACACUGCAGAAUUGAUCGUACGUUACAAUAAUCAAUGGGUAUGCUUAUGUGCGGCUCUAUCAUCCAAUGGUCCUACUUCUUUGAAGAAAAUUCAAAUCAAUAAGUGCACAAAACUGAACAGCUUGUUCUGUUUGUCCAGUUCUUGUUCCUCAUGCUCUAGUAUCCAAAAUUUGGAAUCUUUGAGACUUUAUUGUUUGGAAAGUUUAACUGCCAUCUGCACGGAACACCAUGUUGGUUUAACAAAAUUUUUGCCUCUGACGGGGGUGUUCUCUCAUCUCAAGAAAAUUCGAAUCCAUGGAUGCCAUGAAAUAGAAACGUUGUUGACACCAUGGUUAGUGCCACAACUUCAAAACCUGGAGUAUAUAACUGUUUGGAGCUGUAAUUCAAUAAAGGAGAUAUUUGCAAUACAUGGCAAUGGUGAUUAUCAUAGUUUCAAUAUUACAAUCCCUAAUUUGCUCAAGUUGAAAUUGCGCCAUUUACCACAAUUGAAGAUUGUCUGCAAAGGGAUUUUAGUAUGCGGGUUUAAGGAUAUAUUGGACAUCCUUGACUGUCCCAAUUUAGAAAGAUUCCCUACAAUACAAGUUUUGCAUGAUUCUGCUGAUUUUGGUAAUUCUAAUUAAGUGAAUUUGUAUUUAUAUUCAUAAUUCAUAUGUAAACAAAAUAAGGAUUAUUUGUGUUUAUAUUUAUGAGAGGAGAUGUCUGUUGGUGUGUGUGUCAAACUCUCUAAGAUGAUUGUCUCGUAUUCAACAGAAAAUCUUCCUUAGUAAUGAAAAAAGAAUUGAUAAACAUGUGCGCGAAGAAUGAACAAAUACGGAUAAGGCACAAUCAUUCCGAGAAGAGCAACAAAGUCAUUUUGAAACCGCAUUGACGCCGUUGACCAUAAACGGGAAAACAACCAUCUCGCCGGAAAACUGACAGUUCCGGCGAAAGUGUUGAAGAAGAAGAAGAAGUGAUGGUGAGAAAUUGAAAGGAGUUAGUUAACUUGCAAUGCAGGGAACGUAAAAAGGAUCUUGCACGCCACACAUACCUACCCACAAAGAUGAAUGAUCCUCCCUUUUUACAAAUUCCCACCUUGCCUUAUGCCCUACUUUAUUCGUUUUCUCUCUCACACUUCUUCUUCUUCUUCUCCUCUUUCCAUAUAUUUAACUCUUUUCCCACCCUUCCCUCCACUUCCGUCUUCUCUUUCUGUUCCCACAAGAUUUUUGGUUUUGGGGAUAUAUAUCUGCGCGUUCUGGGAUUCAUCAUGCCUUCUGAAACAAUUGACUUCAAUUGUUUCUCUUCGUCACUGUAUCCCUCUGAAGAUAUUUGUUCUUCUCAUGAGAAGAAGGCUAGCUUAUGGAAACCAGAUAACCAGCCCAAAUGCUAUGAUUUUGAUCAAGGAAUAAAAGCCAGCUGGAAUGUACAAGCAUUAUCAAAUAAAUCGGACAGUAGCAAAGUUAAUAUAGUUACUACUCAGCAUGAAAGUAGCCUCUUCUCAAGUUCUCUGUCAGAGUUGUUUAGCAGGAAAUUGAGAUUCUCUGGAAAUGAUGCUUUAUAUGGACAUUCAGUUGACACUGUUGCAUCCCAUUAUGAGGAAGAGAGACUUUUUGACUCUCUUGAAGAACUUGAGGCUCAAAUUAUUGGAAAUCUACUCCCCAGUGACGAGGAAUUGCUUUCAGGAGUGACUAAUGGGCUUGACCACAUCAUCCAAGACAGCACUGGUGAUGACAUGGAUGAACUAGACCUUUUCAGCAGUGUUGGAGGGAUGGAUUUAGGAGAUGAGAAUAGUUCAUCUCCUGGACAAAAGAAUUCUGAAAUCCUUGAUGGAGCUUCUAACAGUCAACUAGGGCUGUGUAGUACCUCAAUUGCUGGAGAACAACCUUUCAGUGGACAUCCUUCUAGAGCAUUAGUUAUGAGAAAUAAUAUUAGUGGUGUUGAAGAUUCUGAAUUGAAAGCUCUUUAUGAGAUUCGUGAAAAUCCACACAGUCAAGAUCACGAAUUGAUUAAAUAUUCUAAUGUAAGAGGUGCAGAGGCAUCUCUCCAUGCUUUAAAUAGAGAUGAUACUACCAGGAAGAGGCUAAGGGUUGAGCCAAAUCAAUCUGAAGAUUCAACACAGUGUAUGGCUCAACAGAUCCAUCCAGAAUUGGAACAGAAAGAAAGUAGCCUUUAUCUGCAUCAGAACAGUGCAACUAGCUUCCCAGGUUUGCAUGGGAUUUCUAAAUUUGGUAUUAUAGAUGGUGGAAGAAUUCCUGGUGCUGAGCCUGCUACAUGCUCACCAACCCUGGAAACUGCUUUUGCUCAUGGUGUCUCUUCAAGUCUUCCUAAUUCCUUACCAUCUCUAAUCAGAGUGAAAUCAGUUAGCAGCGCAUGUGAAAUUACUGAAUCUGGUUCACCAGACCAGUUGAAUAUUCAAGAUGCAUCAGCUUUUCAUCCACAUUCCCUUCCAGAAUGUCACAACGGUUUAGCUAACAGUCGUAUUCCUCCUGAGGUGGCAGCAAACAUCAAUCUCAAAAAACAGGAAAGAGUGGAUGACAUGCAGUUCUGUCAAGUGAAUUCCAAUGGACGCUUCAUGGAAUUCAAUGAAUGUGUUUUUAAUUCCUCUAGUAAUGGAAGCUGCCCUCUUCCUGGACAACAUUGCAAAUGGGGCAACAACUCCUAUCAUCCUCCUGGAAUGGUGUGGCCAAAUUCACCUUCAUAUUAUGAUGGAGUUUGUGCAGCCCCUACCCUCCCAAGAUUGCAUGGACUUCCUAGGUCACCAUCACAUAUGAUGACCACUGUUUUACCCAUAAAUGGCCAGCAUGUGCCUUCAGUUCCUUUUUGGGACAGAAGACAUACCUAUGCAGGGGAAUCUCUUGGGAAUAUGCAAUUUUCUGGUAAUACAGCACCACCUUGCGUUGACUUUGUUUCCUAUAACAUCUUUCCCCAUUUUGGGGGAAACUGUGUUGACCUUAGAAUCCUCCCCAAGAAUCUUGGACUCCAUUUUCAUAACCAAAGGGACCUACUGUUUCCUAGAAGAAACCAUAUGAUUAAUUCAUUUGAGACUCACAAACAACGUGCUAGAAGCCGCAGAAAUGAAGGCGUGACAAACUUGGCUGACAAGAAACAGUAUGAACUUGAUAUUGACCGCAUCAAGAAUGGUGAAGAUAACCGAACAACACUUAUGCUUAAGAACAUUCCUAACAAGUAUACAUCCAAGAUGCUGUUGGCUGCAAUUGAUGAACGCCAUAGAGGAACUUAUGAUUUUGUUUAUCUACCAAUUGAUUUCAGAAAUAAAUGCAAUGUGGGAUAUGCAUUCAUCAACAUGACUAGUCCUGGCUUGAUUAUACCAUUCUAUCAGGUGUUCAAUGGAAAGAAAUGGGAGAAAUUCAACAGUGAGAAAGUGGCAUCACUAGCAUAUGCUCGCAUACAAGGGAAAGCAGCUCUCAUUGCUCACUUUCAAAAUUCAAGCUUGAUGAAUGAGGAUAAGCGCUGCAGGCCUAUCCUCUUCAACACCGACGGCCCUAAUGCCGGUGACCAGGUUCCUUUUCCAGUAGGCAUUAACAUUCGCAACAAAGCUGGAAGAGUGAGAAACAACACUCAUGAGAAUAACAUGCAAGGGAGUCCUCCUAAUUUGGGAAACAAUAAGCUCUCUUCUGAUGGAGCCAGUCAUUCAUUGGAGUCAGACUAAGGGAGCCAUAUUUGUUCCUUCUGCCAUGCCAUUAAUUUUAGUGGCACUGACCUUCGGAAACCAAAUUAUCCAAGUCACAUUAAUUAGGCUGCUCAUGUUUGGAGUACGUAAGUAUCAACACUAACCUUAAGCCAUGAAGUUUUCCAAUUCUUUUGGCUUUUAUUACUAAAUUCCAAACAUGGUUGAAGUAUGAACAUCAAGAGAAGCUGUCACAACUUUUCAUGUGCAAGAGUACCAUAUCAAGGUAUUACAUGUACUAGAGUUUCACACCGGAGAGUGGAGAGGCUUGUAAUGUGGUUCGAUGGGAACCUAGUCUGUAUCAAUUUUACCCUUGUUUCUCCUCUUCCUCUCCCUGUUCUCUUUUUUCUUCAGGCAUGUUUUUUUCCUUCUGUAAAUUGUAGAUUUUGGAGUUCAUCUCAUCCCAAACUUGUGAAAAUUUUGAUGAACUAUUUAUGUACUGUGCCGAAGCCUUCUUUGGCUGUUCAUCAUUGUUAUUGUUUGGUGUGCAUGCACACUCAUCUAUUCACCUUUUCUUUGUAAAUGUUACACUUUGAAUAAUAUAAUUGACGUGUCAUUUGAGUGUC